AUUUUUAGAUGUUAUGUUUUUAUGUCGCUAGAGUUAAGUGUCCGGCAGACUCGCAUAUGUAAAAAGAAAAAAGUCCAAGUGAAGAAGUAGAAAAAGUGAAGUUGGAAGUGAAAGUGGAGCUACGUGGAGCUAGAAAUAAAGUAAAUUUAGAAGUAGAAAAUAAAGGCCACCAAAAAAAAGCACAGAAGAACGAUCCCUUUAUCUUGAAAAAAAGGAAAAAAAGUGGUUUAAAAAAGCAUAGCUAUAUAUUUAAAAAGAAAAGAGACCAAGUGAAGAAGUAGAAAAGUGAAGUGAGAAGUGGAGCUAGAUGUGAAGUAAAGUUAGAAGUAGAAAACAAAGGCUAGAGUUUAAAGUGGAUUUGAAAUCACAAAUAGUAAGAACUUUGAUAUUUUUAUUCGUUUGGUUUUUAUGUUGGUGGAGCAAGCAGACUCGCAUUUCCCAGGAAAAGCUACAGUUUCAUAUUUUACCGCGUAUGUAGCCAUAUUUGUUUACGUUUUGUAUGUUGCAUAAUUCAUGAGCCCUGGCGCGUAACUAAUGUAUUGUCCUAAAAUUCAAAAUGCUACAUAAAGCUGUUGGCUGACUAAAAAACGGAAAACUUUGGUUAAGUUGAACUGUAAUGUUAUUAAUUUUACAUUACUAUUGCUUCCCCCUAUAUGUGUUUUACUAAGCAUAAAUAGCUAGCUUUAGUUUUAGGUAAGUGUUCCCAGUUUAAGUAUAUUUAACUGGGUGUCUUAGCUCUACUGUUAGCUAGCUAAUGUUAGCCUCCAAGUCCAGCUCCCCAUCCCAUGGUUAGCUCUCUAACCUAUGACUUCUGUUGUUAUUCCUCUUUUUUAAUUAUAUAUAGCUAACUAAUAUAGUUUCCAAAUUUCUCUUCUUUUAUGAGCACGAAUUAUGAUGUUACAAGCUAGCUAGCUACCUACAAAAUCUUUCAAAGACUUGAACUUUUGCAGGAUAGUAGGAUGUAUUUUUAUGCCCAUAGAGAGUAUAGAUGAAUUCCGUUGCUUACAUUUUCAGUGGUAAGCUCUUUCAGCUUUGUCAUUUGCGUGGCAGGGAAAAAGAUUGGGGUGCUAGGUGAAGCAAAGUAAUUUUCACUUCAUUUCUUCAAACAAACAAAGGCAUUCUUAUGACUUUAAUGAAUUCAAAUAAAACAAGGCAUCAACCUACACUCGAUAAUAGUUUAUAACCCCAACGAUGUCCCCGUUAGAAGAAAUCCACAGUAAAAGACCUUUCUUUACCAAAUCCUAGCAUCUUUUUUCCUGCCACGCAAAAGCCAGAGCCAAGGAGCUUACCGCUAAAAAGUAAACAAAUCACGUUACGCUGGAUUCAUCUAUAAUUUUUUUCACAUUACCUGUGCACUUUACCACAUGCAAUAUGACAAGUGGAACGAAUUUUAUAGAAUUUAAAGUGUGUGUGUUAAGUUAUUUAUUAUUGUUUUGUUUCUGAUUUUGUAAUCUAAUGGGCGAUGACUGUAUGCACUCUGUUGUUAUUCCUCUUUUUUAAUUAUAUAUAGCUAACUAAUAUAGUUUCCAAAUGUCUCUUCUUUUAUGAGCACGAAUUAUGAUGUUACAAGCUAGCUAGCUACCUACAAAAUCUUUCAAAGACUUGAACUUUUGCAGGAUAGUAGGAUGUAUUUUUAUGCCCAUAGAGAGUAUAGAUGAAUUCCGUUGCUUACAUUUUCAGUGGUAAGCUCUUUCAGCUUUGUCAUUUGCGUGGCAGGGAAAAAGAUUGGGGUGCUAGGUGAAGCAAAGUAAUUUUCACUUCAUUUCUUCAAACAAACAAAGGCAUUCUUAUGACUUUAAUGAAUUCAAAUAAAACAAGGCAUCAACCUACACUCGAUAAUAGUUUAUAACCCCAACGAUGUCCCCGUUAGAAGAAAUCCACAGUAAAAGACCUUUCUUUACCAAAUCCUAGCAUCUUUUUUCCUGCCACGCAAAAGCCAGAGCCAAGGAGCUUACCGCUAAAAAGUAAACAAAUCACGUUACGCUGGAUUCAUCUAUAAUUUUUUUCACAUUACCUGUGCACUUUACCACAUGCAAUAUGACAAGUGGAACGAAUUUUAUAGAAUUUAAAGUGUGUGUGUUAAGUUAUUUAUUAUUGUUUUGUUUCUGAUUUUGUAAUCUAAUGGGCGAUGACUGUAUGCACUGAAAUGACUGAUUUUUCUAAAUUUUGAUGUGUUUCGUAACCUUUUUGGUGGAAGAUUGAUGCAAUAUACGACAUGCUGAAUGAAAUUAUUUUUGUUGAUUUAGAUGUGUUUCUCAAAAACCAAUCUGUUUUACAUUUUGUGUAAACUUUUGUUUACGAACCGUAUACAAUGUUUCCAAAUAAUGAUCUUUUUUAAUUCAAGUUUAUUCUUUGCUUAUUGAUUUUUUGACAUUUAGGUUCAGAAUUGUUGGUAAAGGGCAGUACGGAUCAUCAUACUAAAAAAGAAAAAUUUUUGUGUUCUUAACUGGUUGAUUUUUACACUGUGUGUAAAUUUUUGUGGGAGAGAAUGAUCGUUAGGUCAUCAGCGUGCACUAUGUCAACAAACAGAUCAUUGCAAGCAUGACAUUGCUUUGAUGUGUACAACAUGUGGUCUACAGAGCUGUGACCAAUGCAAGGAACUGCAUACUUGCCAACCAAAAUUAUUCACAACCGUAACCUUUGAUAAAAAAUUAGAAGAAAUUCGACCAUUAUGCAACCAACAUAACACUCUUGCAAAGCAGGUCUGCCUAGAAUGUGAAAAUAUGUUCACUUGCAGAUACUGUAUAAAUAGAGAUCAUUUGAGCCAUAGGAGAAAAUCUAUUGCUGAAUUUAGCGUUGAAGCGAAGACGUGGUUUCAGUCUUUUAUAGAAACCUUUAAGGAUACGAAAGUCUUGUUGGAGAGGUUAACAGGAAAAUAUAAUGAAGCCUUUAUGAACUUGGAAAGUGAAAGGGAAAAAUUAGUUUGUGAAUUGGAAGCAAGAAAAUUAAAACGAGUGGAGCAAUAUAUUGAACGGUUAAAUAACGAGAACCAAAACCUGUUGAGAAAAUUUGAUAAAAAAGUUUCAGAAUUUAGAAAAAACGUUACUGCUGCGGGUUAUACGGAUGAUGCCAAAAUAAAACAAGCUUCGGACUAUAUUGACGCAUUUAAUUCAAAAGCUGAUUUUGAGUUAGUUGCUCAGAAAGUGGAAAUUGAAAGACAACUACGCGGCAUUGCAUCGGCUCCAUCGACUGUUCCGAGUCUAAAUUCUAAUCUAGAAGAUUUUGAUGAUUUAUUUGAUGAUUUGAUGUUAUUCAAUCCAUUGGGCGUGUUGACAGUUUCCAUUAUUGAUAUAAGUACUGCUGGUGUAGAUGCUGGCAAAAAAUCUGUUUGCGUAAGUCACGUUGGGGAAACUGAAAUAAAAUGUAAUCAAUUAGAUUUAAAGCAAAGUUUGAUGGAUUUAGUGGAAUGUUUAAAUAAGAAUGAAAAACCUGCUGAUAAUGUUCGAGCUGUGAUAAAAAGGAAUAUCAAGCCAAAGGAAAUAGAGCCAGAGAAUGAAAAACCUGCUGAUAAUGUUCGAGCUGUGAUAAAAAGGGACAUCAAGGCAAAAGAAACAGAGAAAUUUAAAAAAUCUUAUACAUUUGAAGAAGUUGAGAAAAUCAUGGAAAAUGGCGACGAAAAGACAUUACAAGCAAUUCUUAUAAACAAUCCAAAUGUCGUUAAAAUGGAAGGUGCUUACGAUAAAAGCACGCUUUUAAUCUCAGCUGCAAUGACUAACAAACCAAGAAACAUCAUAAUAAUGUUAAUUGAUGCUGGUAGUGAUGUGUAUGCUGUGAAUAAGUAUAAAUGGAAUGCAUAUCACUACAGUGCAGGUUAUGGUCAUCAAGAAGUUUUAAAAGUUCUAAUUAACUAUGGCAACAAUAACAUUAACAAUGCAGAUAAAUACGGUAAUACACCACUACAUCUUGCAUCGCGACGUAAUUAUAUUGAGUGUGUUAAAUUACUGUUAUCUAUACCACAAAUUGAUGUAAAUAGACGAAACAAUCCCAUGCAAACUGCUUAUGAUGUUACUGAUGUGGAUGCUAUUAAAUGUUUAUUAAAAAAACACCGAAGAAAAAUAUUUCUUAAUGUUUUUAAUAAAUAUUGUUAAAUUGUAAUAUGUAAUUUAAAACAAUGUCAUCGCUGUACUAAAUAACAAAACCUAGGUUUAUUUUCCACGGAUUUAGCCCGCAGAAAUUUACUGCCGGCUACCUCUUUGCUGCCAUUUUCACUACUGAAAGUACUGUACAUCAUAGCACGUACGACGUAGUGUGGAUCAGAUCCGAAGAUAUGUUUCGACCUUUUCAUCUCUUGUUUUGCCGUUAAAAUGCACCACGCUAUCGUAAACGUACGCUGGCCAUCAAACUUAGGAAAAUUCUAACAACAAGUGCCAUAACGCAGGUUCUUCCGAAACAAAAUUACGGAGAGGUUUGCGUGAGUAAUCAUUAAAAGUUGCCCUUUAAGCUUGAACACGCGCACAGAAGUAAUUUUUCUUUGAAGAUUUUAAUGGUCUUACGGCUUGACCAAACAUACUGACUACGUGGAUAUAAUAAAAUAUCGUACUUCUGCGGGUUUUUUUUUUUUUUUUUUUUUUUUUUGAUUUGUGUUUAGUUUUCAGGUUUGUCUAUUUUUUUACAAUUUCUGCAAUGUCAAUUUUCGCUGGAGUUUUUUUAAAAUGGUAUGUGAUAUGUUUUUACUCAUUUCGUGGAACCAUUUUUUACCCUUGUCAAAUUGCGCCAUUCUAUCUUUUCAAAAAAAAAAAAAAAACAUUUAUGUUUCCCACGCAAUAUCCACUUUGAUUACUUCGCAAAUUGUUUCACCGAUUGCACGUCAACUUUACUGAACACAAAUC